UAUUACUUCGUCAGUGCGGAGACGUGUAUUUAUCUUAAUUUAUCCUAUACAUGACAUUUCAUCGUUCAUUGACGAUAUCAUCAUAUGAAAGUUGGUUAGUUCUUUCGUUUUUCAUUGUCUGUUCUAUUGCAAAGAAAAUGCUGGCGUUGGAGCGUAUACCUGAUCAAAUUGGAUACUUGGUAUUAACUGAGGAUGGUGCUGUAUUAACAUCUGGAGGAGAUUUAGAAAAUGAUGAAAGAGUGGCAAAUAUUAUCAGUAAUUUAAUAACACUGACAAAUAAAGUUGAUCCUAAGGCAUUUCCGUUGCAUGAUCCUUUUGAAAAGAUAUCAAUCAAAUAUAAGGAUCAUUGUUACGUCGUGUGUCUCUCCAAUAAGAAGAUUUACGUAGUGAAGAGAAAACUGCCAUCUCAGACUACAGCAAUCGUCGAACAGCAGUCUAUCGAUGUUUAGAUACAAUAAUAAACCUAAUAAUAAAGCCUACAAAACAAUAAAUAUACUCUUUGUAAAUUUUGAUAUCUGACAAAUUCAAUUUCUUUGAUCAUUGCGAGAGAUCUCUAUUCACUGUUAUGUACCUUUAAAAAUAUAUGUAUUUUAAGAAUGAAAUUAGUGCAAUGUAGUUAUAAGAAACAUUAGCUGCAGAAAAAGCAGCUCUUUGCAAUUAUAAAUUUUUUAAAUAAUUAAUUUAUAUAUCUAGAGAAGAAUAAAAAUUACACAAUUAGAAUCGGUGAAAGGAGCUUGGAUUGAUUCAUAUAUUUAGAUUCAGCGAAGAAUUAUAGAAGCAAGAAUUAAUCAUAUUGAAGAAUUAUACAACAGUUGCAAAGCUACUUUUUCUAUUGAACGCAGC